AUGACAACGCCUUCAAACCCCACGGAAAAGAUUCCACCUCAAGCUCUUCAAACAACGAUUGGACCAAACCCAACAACAACUCGGGGUGCUCCAACUGUUUUGGGGAUUCACCCAAAAGAACCAAAACUCAUUUACUGUAGUGGCAAAUUAGUAAUUAUACGUCAUUUAGCCAAUCCGGUUAAUACUUUUGUAUACAAAGGUCAUCAUGAAUCCACAACAGUCGCCAAGUUCUCACCUAAUGGCUAUUGGGUUGCAUCGGGUGAUAUAUCGGGUAAAAUACGCGUCUGGUCGUAUGAUAAUCCAGAACAUUCACUGAAAUUAGAAAUUCCAGUCUUUGCUGGAGAGAUUAAAGAUUUAUCCUGGGAUCCCGAUAGUAAAAGAAUUGUAGCUGUAGGUGACGGUCGUGGUCUUAUGGCUCGUGUCUUUAUGUGGGAUACGGGCAAUAGUGUUGGAGAAAUUGUAGGUCAUCAAAAACGAAUUUUGAGUGUCGAUUAUCGUCAAACACGUCCAUUUCGCAUCAUGACUGCAAGUGAAGACUUUAAUGUCUGUGUCUAUGAAGGUCCACCAUUCAAGUUUAAACAGAACAACAACAAUCUACACUCGAAUUUUGUCAACUGUGUUCGAUACUCACCCAAUGGUGAAUUUGCCGUCAGUGUCGGAUCGGACAAGGUCAUGUGUUUAUACAAUGGAGAGACUGGAGAACUGGUGGACAAAUUUCCACCGAUGCAUCAAGCAUCGAUCUAUUCGGUGUGCUGGAGCCCCGAUGGUACGCAGCUUUUGACAUCAUCGGCUGACAAGACAGUGGUGCUCUGGGACCUCUCGUCUCGCAGCGUGAUAACAAAAUUCACCUUUGGAGGUUCAAAGCCGCAGGUCAAGGACAUGCAGGUGGCGGUGGCUUGGUGCCAAAACUAUCUCGUCUCACUUAGCCUCUCUGGUGACCUAAACUUUUUGGACCUGGACAACCCGUCGCAACCAAAGCAGAUCGUGCAGGGUCACCAGGUGAGCAUCCUGUCGCUUGCCACCGAACUGACGCAGAGGCGUAUACUCACGGGCAGCUACGACGGUGUCGUCUGCUUGUGGGCAUCAAAGUUGGCCAAGACUCUAGCAGGGAGCCACCACACUGCAAAGAUAACGGGUAUAUCCGCCACUUCGAACCAGAUUGCCAGCUGUGGUUGGGACGAUCAGUUGCGUUUUGCUAACGAAAAUGAGUACAUUGCUGCCACGGCAUUAAACGCACAACCCAACGGUGUAGCGCUCACGAAAUCGGGUCUUGCUGUAGCCAGUACGAACAAAGGUGUAAAGCUGUUGCGCGGUCAGAAGCUAGUCUUUGAGACGCCUGAGUUUUCGUGGACGCCCACGUGCGUGGCUAUUUCGCCGUCAGAAGACCUAGUGGCGGUCGGUUCACAAGAGGAUAUGAUGAUUCACCUUUUUGAUGUAGUGAACGGUUCCUCUCUGGUCGAAAGCGGUGAGAUUGUGGGACAUCUGGGCGCGCUUACGUCCGUGUCCUUUUCACCAGAUGGAUCUCUGCUGGCUGCUGGUGACACGUACCGUGAGGUGCGCGUGUGGGAUGUCGCGUCUCGCACAGCCAAGGUCCAAGGAAUGUGGGUUUUCCAUUCAACGCGUGUGACGAGCGUAGCCUGGGCCCCGAGCGGCAAAUUCGUGGCCAGUGGUUCGCUAGAUGAACGCAUCUACAUUUGGGAUGUGAAUAGUCCCAUGAAGAAGCGCGUAUUUGAUUUCUCGCACAAGGAUGGCGUCACGUCUGUGAGUUUUCUGUCGGAGACGGAGCUCAUAUCAGUAGGCAAUGACGCUUGUAUCAACUACUGGGACCUGUCUGCCUAA